ACUGAAAGAGCUUAGCUAUGGAGGUUCUCAGUCAAUCCCAGCCUUACGCUAUAAAAAGCGCAAUUUAGAGACUGGGCAACUUGAGUCCAUCCCGGAUAGCUGGAUGGAUACUCACCAUAAAUCAGGCACAGGGUGGGUGACAGAGACAGCCAAAAAUACUUGGGAGGAAUUGCGUGCAUACCGCGACACACAGCAGACACAGGCAACUGAUACUGAGAGUUCCACACCAGUUUCGAGUGCGCCUGAAGAUGAAGACAUAUCUUUGGUACAAAAUGUCUUCGGAAAACGACGGGGCCACCAGAAAGGAUAUGGACGUAUCCUUAACAUAAGGGACCGAACUCCAUUUGAUUUUCGUCCUUCACAAACUAGAGAUGAAGAGUUGUCUGAGAUGAGAGAGCGUCUUCGACAGUUAGAGGAGCAUGUCCGGACUCAUUGUAUCACCCCGGGAUCUCAAUCUGCCCCACCACCACCCGAUGAUCCCGAUGUUGGAGCACCGACUCAGUAGGACUUAUGUAUGAAUUUUAUUACAAUUGACUAUUACAUUAUCAUGUUUAAGACAAGUCUUUA